CGUAGCUGCCAAGCUGACAGUGUCUCUGUCAUCGCCGGUGGCUGCAGAACUACACAAGCCACGCUGGCUGCUCAUGGAGCUGAGGACGCGCGCACGGGCGGGAUGUUGCCGGCAGGCGAGUGCUUCCAUGAAACUGGUGACGAAAAGAAGACUAUCCAAGAAAAAAGUCACAUGAACAUGGCUGCUCUUGUUGGAAGUGAUCAAGUCUCUGAAAGUACAGAUAAAGAUGACCUCUCUCUCUACGUGUCUGCGUUCAUAGAAAAGGAAGUUGGAAAUGACCUUCAAUCUCUAAAGAAACUUGAUAAACUCAUAGAGCAGAUGACAGAAAGUAAAAUGCAGUUAGAAGAGCAGGUACUUACAAUUUCCUCAGAAAUCCCUAAAAGAAUUCAGAGUGCCUUGAAAAAUGCUGAUGAAUCAAAGCAAUCCCUUAAUCGGCUUCUGGAGCAGGAGGCCACCCUCUCCAGUUCCAUCAGCAGCCACCUGCAGGCUGCCCAGCCCUGGAUGGAUGACCUCAGGACCAUGAUUACCCAGAUCGAAGAGAUCGAGCGGCAUCUGGCUUACCUGAAGUGGAUCUCACAGAUUGAAGAGCUGAGUGAUAACAUCCAGCAAUAUCUGAUGACCAACAAUGUCCCAGAGGCGGCCUCUACUCUGGUGUCUAUGGCAGAACUGGACAGGAAGCUCCAGGACUCGUCCUGCACUCACCUUCUCGGCUUCGUGAGAGCCACCGUGAAGUUCUGGCACAAAAUUCUCAAGGACAAGCUCACCAGUGACUUUGAGGAAAUAUUAGCACAGCUUCACUGGCCGUUCAUUGGACCGCCUCAUUCUCAAGCUGUUGGCUUAAGUCGACCAGCUACUGCCCCUGAGACGUACACUAACCUGGAGACACUGUUCUGUCAGCUUCUGAAACUGCACACCUCAGAUGAACUGCUUAAUGAGCCUAAACAGCUCCCGGAAAAGUACUCUCUGCCCGCCGCCUCCUCUGUCAUCCUGCCCAUCCAGGUUAUGCUGACUCCUCUUCAGAAGAGGUUCAGGUAUCACUUCAGAGGGAACCGGCAGACCAAUGUCAUAAGCAAGCCUGAGUGGUACCUGGCUCAAGUCCUUAUGUGGAUUGCAAAUCACACUGAAUUUUUGGAUGAGAAGAUUCAGCCGAUAUUAGACAAAGCUGGUUCUUUGGUGAAUGCGAGGCUGGAAUUCUCUCGGGGCCUCGUGAUGCUGGUUCUUGAGAAGUUAGGUGCUGACAUCCCUUGCCUGCUCUAUGAUGACAACCUCUUUUGUCACUUGGUGGAUGAGGUGCUUCUCUUUGAAAGGGAGCUACACAGUGCCCACGGCUACCCGGGCACGUUUGCUAACUGUAUGCACAUUCUGUCGGAGGAAACCUGCUUUCAGAGGUGGUUGACUGUGGAGAGAAAAUUUGCUCUUCAAAAAAUGGAUUCAAUGCUUUCAUCAGAAGCUGCCUGGGUGUCCCAGUAUAAGGACAUCACUGAUGUGGACGAAAUGAAAGUUCCAGACUGUGCCGAAACUUUUAUGACUCUCCUCUUGGUUAUAACUGACAGGUAUAAAAAUCUUCCCUCAGCUUCCCGAAAGCUGCAGUUCCUGGAGUUACAGAAGGACUUGGUAGAUGACUUUAGGAUACGAUUAACUCAGGUGAUGAAAGAAGAGACGAGAGCAUCCCUUGGCUUUCGGUACUGUGCGAUUCUCAAUGCUGUGAACUACAUCUCAACGGUGCUUGCAGACUGGGCAGACAAUGUGUUCUUUCUGCAGCUUCAGCAAGCAGCACUGGAGGUCUUUGCAGAGAAUAAUACACUCAGUAAACUGCAGCUGGGACAACUAGCCUCAAUGGAGAGCUCCGUCUUUGAUGAUAUGAUCAACCUUUUAGAGCGUUUAAAACAUGACAUGCUGACCCGUCAAGUAGGCCACGUUUUUAGAGAAGUUAAGGAUGCUGCUAAGUUGUAUAAAAAAGACAGAUGGUUGUCUCUGCCGUCUCAGUCGGAGCAGGCAGUCAUGUCCCUGUCCAGCUCAGCGUGCCCCUUGCUGCUCACGCUGCGAGACCGCUUACUUCAACUGGAGCAGCAGCUGUGCUUCUCCCUGUUUAAAGUGUUCUGGCAAAUGCUUGUGGAGAAGCUGGAUGUAUAUAUCUACCAAGAAAUCAUUCUUGCUAAUCACUUCAAUGAAGGAGGUGCAGCCCAGCUGCAGUUUGAUAUGGCUCGGAAUCUUUUCCCUUUGUUUUCUCACUAUUGCAAGAGGCCUGAAAAUUAUUUCAAGCAUGUAAAAGAAGCUUGUAUUGUCUUGAAUUUGAACAUUGGUUCUGCCCUCCUUCUGAAAGAUGUACUACAAUCAGCAUCUGAGCAACCUCCUGCCACAGCGGCAUUAAAUGAAAUUGGAAUUUACAAACUGGCUCAACAAGAUGUUGAGAUUCUACUUAAUUUGAGAACAAACUGGCCUAAUACUGGAAAGUAAUACAAGACUUUCAAGAAGCACUUUUUAGCUUUUUUUUUUUAAUAAGAGGAAGCCAGUUGGAUAUGAUACUCUGUAUCAAUGAGACUGGACAACUGAAAACUUGAUUGACUCAUUUAAUUAUUGGAAUGCAGACUUUAGGUGGCAGUGAAUGAUGAUAUUAAAUCUUGAAACCGCCUGUCCCUAAGAAAACAAAAACAUAAUAUUCAGAAAUGAUGAAAACUUAGUAAUCCCACUUACCAAAAAAAAGUUUGUGUGUCUGUUGGAAAAGAUACAAGAGCAUUGCUAAUAAAGGAAGACCAACUUUCA